CGCCAGCCGUCGUCAGACCCACGUCUCUCGCCGGGCCUCCGGCGCGUACCUUCGUCGUCCCGCAUCCCGCACGAUGCGCGAGUCCUGCUGAAAAAUCUCACCCUCGUGAAGACCCAUCGAAACCUAGGGGAUUCGCGUGCACGUCUCGGACUACACACGCGUGUGUUCGUCAAGAGGAUCUCAUCGAAGGAUCGUAUAUUCGCCGCCACGAUCGGCCGAUACUCAGUGGGUCCCCGGCGUUGCGAUGUUCCUGCGGACGCCGAGUCCGAGGUCGCAGGCCUGCGAGAAAGAUCUAUCGUGAGUUCGCUUGUGACCAGUGCUCCGAAAAGUCCGACUCUUACCAAUACGAUAUUAUUAAUAUUCAACUACUUAAUAAAAUCGGCCCGAUCGACGGUUAAUCCGCGGGGGUUUACGUUCGACGUUGAAAUAUCGUCGAUCUGAUAAACUGGAAAAAUCGCCAAAUCCUAAAAAUCAAUCGUUAUCUCUUGUUACUGAAGUAUCUGGAGAGAAAGUAGCGGCCCUCGCUGGCCCGCCAGCGGGCCCCGUGAGAGUCCCAGACAGUGUGUGCGAGCACGAUGUCGGGCGGCCGAGCGACAUUCUCGCGCAUAUUUCUCGGCUCGCUCGUUCGCCUGUGACGGCCGACCGGAAGAUUUGAUCGGAAUAGGAAUGCGAGAGUGGGCACCAGGCCGAUGCCAAGAAAAACCCACCGGGGCCCGUUCGCCAGUGAAAGCGCACCGGCUCGUUGCGAUUUCCGUCACGGAGAAGAUGCACAGAGAGGAGCGACCGAAACGGACGAUGCAGCACGAGGAGGACGUUAACGGUGAUAAGCGUCGCGUCGGUGAUAAGUGACACAAGCGUAAGAUUCAAGGAUAGUCACCCGGCGGUCAGCUAUUCUCAGCUCCGACACGCUGUUUUCACAGCCUCGAGUCGUGCCAUCCACCUCGUGGUCGAUCUCGCGGACUUCCUCUGGAGAGUACCGUUUUUAUGUAUCCGGUCGUCGAUCGGUAUCAAUUCACCUCGGAUGAGCGGUCGGUCUGACUUGGGGGACGAUUAGGAUCGGUAUCGGGGAUAAGUGAAGUGCGAAUCUCACGUGGAAUACGCACAAGGGACGACGACUGCGAGAAUCGGCGAGAGAGAGAAUCCGGCCGCAUCGGAUGGGACGUGUCGAGUGGAGUGAUGCUGAGAUUUCUUGCGGAUCGCCGUGGAUCGAUGUAGCGCGAUGUCCGCCUGGUGGCCUGUCGUCGCGGCGGCGCUGUGUCUCUGGAUGGGCGCUGGGAGUCAGUUCAGCGAUAACACACCGCCCAUAAUGUGGCUGGACCGGAAUUGGGUGCUUCCGGACACCGAGCCGGUAGGAAGUAUCGUGACCAGGGUUCGCGCCGAGGACAACGAGCAGGACACGCUGACCUACGGCCUGGAACCGCUCGGACACAAUUACAACGGGGACGACAGCCCGCAGCCACCGUUGCCCUUCUUCAUUGACAACAGCACUGGCACCGUCUACCUCAAUGAGACUCUUAAAGGAAGGGGAGGGCAGAACCUGUUCCUCUACGUGACCGUUUCCGACGGCCAGCUCACGGCGAAGACCGAGGUCUACGUCAACAUCAAGAACACAUCGGCACCGAAUCGGGGAAAGACGAGGGCGCCGUUUCCGAGCCAGCAUGGUUCCGGUGGUCGGAUACGACCGCCUAUACUCAGUCUGCCUAAUUUACCAAGCUUCCCAUCGCCAUUACCUCCUCUGUCACCCAAGCAGUAUCAUCCCGAGACCACGAAACUCGAACUGGAGAAGUCGAAGCCCAAGAAGGACGUGGUCGACGUGAACGGUGACGUCACAGAGGAGACCGUCCAAGUCUUGAAUGAGGUGGAAGGGCCCGCGUUGAGUUCCAAAGUCGCACCUUCCGCUGCACCACCUUCGCAGGACAUGGCGUCGACUCUGGUGCCAGUGGCGGCAGGAUGUGCCAUUAUCCUGAGCGUCGGCAUAGCCGCCUGGUCCCUGAGGCAUAAAUUCUGCAUCAGUCGCAAGUCCAAGGAAGACACGAAAGAGCAAGCGUCAGUUAGCGUAUCCAAUCUAUCUGACGACCCGUCUCUCGUCUUGAAGAGGUGGCGUGGCCCGAAAGCUCACAGUAAUCGCUACCAGCCGUGGGAGAAGGAGUCUCAGGCAGGCAUUCAAAGCAAGCAAGAAGACAAGUGGGAAUUUCCCAGGCACAGAUUGAAGGUCUUCAACAUCCUCGGCGAGGGCUGCUUCGGCCAAGUGUGGAAAUGCGAGGCCCUCGAUAUCGACGGCAAGCCCGGUGCCACGAUCGUCGCGGUGAAGACCUUGAAGGAGAACGCCACUGAACGAGAGCGGCUAGACCUCGCACAGGAGCUACGGGUCAUGAAGAACUUGGAUCCUCACCCGAACGUGGUGCGGCUCCUGGGCUGUUGCACCGAACGCGAGCCCAUGUUCGUCAUUCUGGAGUACGUGAGCGGUGGGAAGCUGCAGAGCUUCCUCAGGGCUUCCAGGGAGGAGAGGAAUCACGGGGGAGCGGGAUUAACUUCCAGGGAUCUCACCGGGUUCGUGUAUCAGAUCGCCAAAGGCAUGGAGUACUUGGCGUCGAAGGGUAUCAUUCACCGGGACCUGGCCGCCAGGAACAUCCUGAUCGACGAGAACCGCGCAUGCAAGGUGGCGGACUUCGGUUUCGCCAGGGACGUGGCGGCCAAUCAAAUUUACGAGAGAAAAUCCGAAGGCAGACUGCCGAUCAGGUGGAUGGCGCCCGAGAGUCUCUACGACAAUAUAUUCUCCGUCAAAUCGGACAUCUGGAGUUUCGGCGUCUUAAUCUGGGAGAUAGUGACGUUGGGAUCGACACCGUAUCCUGGCCUGGCCGCUGCAGAGGUGAUGCGGCGAAUCAAAGAGGGCUACAGACUGGACAGGCCUGAGCAUUGUAAAAGGGAACUUUACAACAUCAUGUACUAUUGUUGGGACAAGGACCCAGCGUGCAGGCCGUCCUUCGCCGAACUGGUCAGCCUAACCGAAGGCCUCCUGCUCGACGAAACUGAUUACAUCGAGCUCGACAGGUUUCCGGACCACUCGUAUUACAACGUGCUCAAUCUCAGCGGCGAGAAGCUAUGAGGCAUGCGCAAUCAACGACAAACUCCAUUGAACGUUCAAAUUGUCCGCUUACAUCGCGAUGAUCGAGCAAGCAGAAAGACCUCUCCAAUCGUGGAGUGUAGAAAGAGACGUUUGCCGAGGAUGACGACGACGCGUUCUCCUUCGAUCGGACAGCCCCUUGCCGCAGCAAAUCGUGUGAAACAAGUCAGGCCGAAUUGUCGAGCCAAUUCUGAAAAUAUCGAUUAUCUUCUUUCGUUACUUUUGUUAUUCCUUCAGCCGAAGAGACUAUCGAAUCAUGCGACCGAGCGAGGAAUGACGCAACGCGCGUCCGGCACGUUUCGUACGUUCGUUCGGGAACGAUAUGAGGCAGAACUUUUAGUCUUUCGGUUCUACCGCGGUGCAAGACUGCUCUUUGAUUGUUCUGUUACAUACUCACGUAUGCGUGUGUACAUACGACAAAUGAUUAAUUUGUUACGAUCAAGGCGGACAGAGGAAGGGGAGAAAGAGAGAGAACAGAAAGAGAGAAAAAACCGCGUUUGAAAUUAUAAUUUAAGCUGCGUUCGGAGAAACGCACUAUCGGCGCGCUGUAUCGUUCUAUCUUUCGGCAUUUUUACCAAAACAACAACUAAGAGAUGAAACGUUUUAAAGAUGUUUGUACGUAAAACGUCUGAGAAACGACUUGAAAAUGUCUGACAGACGUCUCAAAAAUGUCUUUCAGACGUCUUAUGUCUUGAUUUUAGACUUUGUCUGGGCGAUUUAUUGACUCGAUCCGACUCGCGCAGCAUCUUGAUAAUUGCUACAGCAUUGCAAAAUAUAAUAUACACGAAUUAUAGAUUGUAGUAUUGAAAGGAUUAUUAGAACGUUGCUCGAGUUGAGUCGAGUCAGCAAAUUGAAAACGCCAUUUAUCUCUCAUUCGACAUAAAACGAGGAAAGAUCGGUUCAUUUUAAUUGAACCAGCUGCACUAAAACAAGAAAUUUACAUACAUAUUGAAACGUAUGAAGCGUAUGUACAAGAUUCUCACGCUUUAGUGUGUGUACAUUUCUUGAACUAGCUGCAUCCGGUUCAAUUAAAAAAGAAACAGACCAAGUGCCGCGACAGCGCUGAAAGCGUGCUCUCAGAAUGCAGCCUAUAUUUAAAUGCGACAUCAUUUGCAAGUUGUGAAGGAAAGAACAUUCGUGUAAUAUCUUAAUCGCUACUCGUUUAAACCUGGACAUACACGAAUUUGUAUAUAUGUAUUAAGUUAAACAUUGUAAGUUAUUGUACAAUUGCCUGUAAGAAUAAAUAGACA